UAACUAGAAAUCAUAAUAUGCUUGCGUUUAAGUUAAUUCGUUAUAUGUAUGCUUUCUGCGACGAUAAAUAAAAAUAUAUAUACCCAAAGCUAAGUGAUGGAAGUGGAAUUUAAACAUUCGGAUUUUAUUCCAGCACAUACGACAUCAAGUUCGAUAGAUGAUUCAGAAUUGGAACAAAGGCUUGAGUUAUACGGACUUUGUAAAGAAUGUCAACAUCCAAAACUUAACGAAGAGUGGUGUUCAAAAUGUAAUAACGAAAGAUUUGAAGCAAGAUUUGAUACAUGGACUAGUGGAAAUAAAGAUAUUGAUAAAUUUAUUUCUACAGUACAAUUAACUGCUACAAAUUAUUCUCAAAUAUUGGAAUGGAUUCCAUGGAAACGUUUAAUGGAAAUUGUACAUAUUGGAAUUGGUAGAUUUGGAUCUGCUUAUUCUGUUAGAUGGUUAGAUGGAUAUAUUACUCAUUGGGAUAAUACAAAACAAGAAUGGGGAAGAAGUGAGUCCGGAAAAAAAUUCUAUGUUAAAGUCCUUCAAGGUUUAUCAACUGACUUCGCAAAUUUUGUUAAUGAGUUGUUGUCACAUCAAAAUGGUAAAAAUGGGUUGAUCCGAUGUUACGGAAUAACUCAGGACCCAGCCACAAAGGAUUACGCAUUAGUUAUUCGUUGCAUUGAGCGAGACAUGAAAAGUUAUUUAUACAGUUCUCUUCCAUAUCCUGAAUACGACUGGAAGACAAAACUAGAAAUCCUCGCAGAUAUCGCUUCGGUCCUUCAUCGUAUUCAUGACGCAGGUUUCGUUCACAAGAAUCUUCACACAGGAAAUUUAAGACGUUUAAUGAAUAGCACAAUAGUAACCGAGAUAAACUUGAAUAGUCACGGUGACGAUUCACCGACACUAUCACAUUCGGAUGGGGUUUACGGAGUUCUUCCUUAUAUUGCACCAGAAGUCUUACGAGGGGGGCCAAUUAAUAAAGCGGCGGAUAUAUAUAGUCUUGGUGUAAUUAUGUGGGAAGUAGCAAUUCAAAGACCUCCAUUUGAUUUAAAUGCUCAUGAUAAAUUGUUAGCCCAAAGGAUUUGUUGUGGAUUAAGACCUCACAUUAACAAUUCAAUGCCAAAAUCAUUGGCUAAAUUAAUUAAAAGAUGUUGGGAUGCAAAUCCAUUAAAUCGCCCCGAAGCUGAAGAAGUUUAUAUUUGGGUACAAUGGUGGCUAGAUUUAUGUAAUGAUUCUACUUCUGAUAUUGCGGCAGAAUUUAAUAUUGUUGAUGGUGAAAGAAAACAAAAGGAUGGAAAUUUUUUUACGCACCCCGAGGCUAUUUAUACAAAACGUUUUUUGGAUUUUCCGAGUUUACCUGAGCCCGAAAAUUUUUCUCCUGAUACCUAUCAUCAAAUGGUUUCUUUAUAUGCAAGACGUCAACAUAUUUUGGAUUCUGACAGUCAUUGGAGCGCAAAUAAUAACUCGGAUAUUUUUGGUAAGUAAUUAAUUAAAGAUUUUCUGUUCGAAUAGUUUGAAUAUAACGCGAAUUUUA